AUGGUUGGCUGGGACGUGUAUUUGCAGGGGGAUAGGGGGCGGACCCUGGGGACGUUUGCGGAAUCAAGCAUCACAAAGAGCACCGCCACUGGGCUGUUGCGCUCAACGAUGGCGGGGCGGGGAGAGAGCGAGUAUGUAGUCGCGCUGCACGACUUUGUGCCCGUCAAUGGCAACACGACAUGUCUCUCAUUCCGUUCUGGCCAGAUUAUCCAUGUUCUCAACCGCGACUCGACUGGAUGGUGGGAUGGCGAACUCGAAGGCCGUAGGGGGUGGUUCCCGAGCAACUAUGUCAAGGCCAGCAAGCGCAAGCCGAGGGAGUCUAUGUCUAGCGAAAGCGGGAGCGAAGCCGAGGCAUGUCCGCGAGUGAUGGUGUCCCUGUACCAUGCCCUGCUUGUGCUGAAUACGUCUGUGCAUGCGUCUCGGGUAUCCCACUACCAGCCAUCGACGGCCUGUGUGAUCUCUUCGGUCCGAACUGUGCUCACCGCGACUGACUGCUUACACAAGACUGCCCCUGCGCUUGCCCGCUUCCCCCAUCUCGCCCGCGCUCGCUCCGACGUCCUCCAAGAACUCGGCCGUCUUGUUGCAGUCAGCAAAAAGGCUUCGGCCCCUGAUGUACCCGAAGAUGAACGUGUUUGGCUCGCCGAGAGCAUGUUACGCUUUGGCGAUGCCGUGUUCGCCUGUUGCAAGCGUUACGUUGAAGUCGCCGUCUCGUGUGGCGUACACGUUGCCGGUCGCUCCAAUCUCCAACCAUCACACCAUCCAAACGAACUUGCUCCUCGACUUACUAGUGCUUCGGUCUCAUCAUUCUCAUCGGUAUCCUCCUCGGCCUCUCCCGCAUCCCCGGAGAUCGUCCCGAGUGGCCAUGUUCCAAGUGCACAACUACUCUCCGCGCUUCGUACGACUCACGACCAUCUUUUGUCCAUCAUAGCUGCCUUUAUUGGCCAUGUUCAUUCACAUUCGCGAGCUUCGCACGCAUCCAGCAAGGGUCAUCUCAUCAAAAUGACACGCGAAACCGUCGACAAAGUUCGACAGGUCCUAACAAUUGUUUGCGCCGUCUGCGACCACCCCGCCGUUGUUGGACCCGAACGAGUAGCUCUCUCUGCGGCGAAGGAUGCCCUACAUGGUGCCACUAGCGUUCUUGUUGAAGCCGUCAAACGAAUGUUGGCACCUGGUACCUUAAAUCGGGAAGAGGAGGAAAAGGCCCUCGCUGUUCAAGCCGCCACUGGCACGCUCCGAGCUGGUGGAGACUGCGUAACCGCGGUGCGUAGUUGCCUAACCAGGCGAUCUGGAUACGAAGCAACCGACAUGCUCGUCUUCGAUGUCCCACCCCCGCCCCGAGCGCAUCGGACCAUGCACGAAGUAUGCGAAGUGCUAGCCCGAGUGGAAGCGAGCCCGAGAGUGCAGGGGGUUACCGGCGCGACGCGGUCUAUGGUUCGGUCGAACCCGCAGCUGGACCAAGCAACCAUGGGACGAUACGUGCGAUGCGUGCGAGCGCUGCGGCUGCCCGACAACGGGCAAGCAUCUUGGCUUCCCGCACCGGGUGGCAACAAGCUUCAACUAGGCGUCCUAGCGCGAGUCCGACAGAGGUUACCCGGCGGCGGCCUACCGUGGGGGAAAGCGUUCGACGGGCGAGUUAGCAGCAGUGAGGAAGAACCUCGGAGAAGCAACGAGAGUAUGCGAAGCAUCAGGAGCGCUCGACAUUCGAGGCCUCAACGUAGGCCAACGAUCAGUGAAGAACCACAAUCCCUCGUUCAGCCUGAACCGGAGCCCGAACCUGAACCUGAACCUGAACCGCAGCCUGAUAAUGAGGGUAUCACGGUCCGACCUGAACAAAUCCACGAACCCAUACAAUCGGUUCGUCCAGCGACUCCCAUACGACAAGACGAAUUCGAUGAACCCGAGCAGCAAGAGGUUGAUCAAUAUGUAAUAUUGGACGAACCCAAGCAACAAGAGGCUGAUCAAUAUAUAAUAGUGGACGAACCUACCUCAAAGGUGGAAGAAGCCCCUCAGGAAGACAUUGCACCUCUACCCGCAACAGAAGAUAUCCCCCCUCCUGUACCCCCCAAGACAUCGCCGCAAGACAUUCCGCUUCCAGAUGAUGUUCAGUCUACCGAAGGCAGCGACCUCAACGCCCAGGCCCCAAUACUUGUCUCUGCCAAGGCCAGCCCCACUCCUUCGCUUGAGCGCGAGCCACAACUCCGGCCCGAACCAAGCACACCUUCCACUCUCGAAUUCAGGCAUUCGAAUCGGUUUACAGCCGGUUCGCUAUUCGAGUCUGCGCGUACUUCCGAGGAUACAGCUGCGACAACUAUCAUACCCGAGGAAGGGACUGAUCCUUCUGAUAACCACCUUGGGUUGAAUGGCUUUGGCAAUGAGGAUGACGAGGUGGACGCCGAGUCACUCAUGAUUGGGGCCCCUAUAAUUCGUGGCAUUGUUGCCACUGGCGACGACGACGACGAAGUAUUUGACGAGGAUGUCGUCAAUCGUACACCCCUGCCAUCAUCCCAGAACUUCGAGCCACCGGAGAAACAAAGCGAAGAAGACUUUAGGGACGAUGAGGGCAUCAAGGACCGCGGCGACAGGUCGCUACAAACCAUCCCUAUUCCUCAAAAGGUCGACGUGCUCGCGUUACCAACCAUCAACCAUCGCGAUGUCGCCUACGGUAAAGAUGGCAGUAUACUUGGCGCAACUUUGGAUGUGCUUGUCGAGAAGAUGACCGCUCCCGACCAGACGCCGGAUCCCAAACUCGCAGCGACGUUCUUCCUUUCGUUCCGCCUGUUCACUACUCCUCUCGAGCUCGUUCAGGUAUUGCAGAGGCGCUGGGAUAUACGUCCGCCACUCGACACGAUCUCGCAAGAAGACUACGACCUAUGGUGUCGUGCGCGAUUGGACCCGGUUCGCUUAAGGGUGUACAACUUUAUCAAGACGUGGCUGGACGCCCAUUGGCAACCCGCGACAGAUUGGGCUGCAUUGGCCCCGUUACAGGCAUUUGUGAGCGUGACCGCGUCCAAGAUGCAAGCCUCGAUCGUCCAACGAGUCGUCGACCUGUUGACCCAACGUCAGCCCGAGUCCGAUGCCCAAUUGGCUGCAUCCCGCCCCAUGGAUCGUGCCCGUUCCAAUGAGCGCAUGAGAACAAAGCCUACGGGGUCGGCUCCUACUCCUGUCAUGUCCAAGUCCCUGUUCUCGUUGUUAAAGUCGGCAUCGUAUGCAUCAGUCAACGUUGUUGACUUUGACGCUCUUGAACUCGCGCGGCAGUUGACCAUCCUCGAGUCGAACCUGUAUUCCAAGAUUCUGCCCGAGGAGAUCCUUGAUGUUGGGUUGCCCAGUAGCCGUGGGGAACGAGGAAACAGCAUUCGCGCUAUGAGUACAUUAAGUACGGCGAUCACAGGUUGGGUAACUGAGAUCAUUCUGGACGAACAAGAUACCAAGAAGCGAACAGCGUUGUUGAAAUUGUUCAUCAAGGUUGCUGAUCACUGCGACGAUUUGAACAAUUUUAGUACACUCCGUUCGAUCCUCGCCGCUCUAGAUUCGUCGACUAUUUCCCGUCUGUCGAAAACAUGGAUGGGGCUUUCGGCAAAGAACAAGACCCGCCUCGAGAACCUACGCAAAUUGACGGAUCACACACGAAAUCACUACGAGUACCGUGCACGGUUACGUAGUGUACGGGGUCACGCUGUUCCUUUCCUGGGUCUUUACCUGACAGACGUCACAUUUUGUCGCGAGGGAAAUCCGGACAGGAGGAUAGCUCCAAAUGACAAUCAGCGUACUUUGUUGAACUUUGACAAGUACCGAAGACUAGCUGCGAUCGCCGAGGAUGUCCAACGAUUCCAAGCUCCUUACAACCUAAUCGAGGUACCCGAGGUGCAGAAGUAUCUUGACUAUGCGUUUGAGAGGGUUAAGAAGAGUGGAAAUGAUUUGCAUGAUUUGUACCGACGAAGUCUCUUGGUCGAGCCUCGGCAGCCUUCGGACAGCCUGGAGACAAAAACCAAUAGUAUCAAAUCAUCAGAGCUAUUUGGCUGGGCGAGCAGAGACAAGUCUUAA